CUACUAUCGAUAGCCAGCAGGCUGUUGCCGUGCCAUCUCUAGCCAAACAGCUGUCUGUCGUUGUGUAACUAAACUAAUCGUUAAAUUUUUGAGCUUCAAGAUGUCCUCAUCCGCUGCCCGAGGCUCCACGUCCCUACUGAAGCGCGCCUGGAACGAGAUUCCAGACAUCGUCGGCGGAUCCGCCUUGGCCAUCGCCGGGCUCGUCAUGGCCACCAUCGGAGUGGCCAACUACUACGCCAAUGACGGGGACAACAGGCGCUACAAGCUGGGCUACGUCGUCUACCGCCACGACGAUCCGCGUGCCCAGAAGAUCCGCAACGACGAGGAUGACUAGAGGAUUACCCCCAUGAAAUACGGGCCGUUUCACUCAUCUUUGAUUUUUUUGUUUACGCCAUAGCUAAGUAAAACAAACCACUAAAUGUACAGAA